UUGGCACUAAGAUAUUUAUUUUCCCUUGUCUAUAAGAUCAAAAAACACAACCCCAUCACUCCAAAUUGAACAAAAAUGGGAGUUCUAAGCUACUGCUACCUCCCAAUUACCUCUACAGCCACACCCAUAUCUCAAGAUUCUUCAAACAAUCCAACCCCAUUGUCAAUUCCAACACAAUCCAAGCAGAAAUCUGUGAAAUUGUCUAGUGGGGUGGCUGCUAAUGGGGACUAUGCUGCUGACCCGCCCACUACCACUACUAAGCUUAGGAAGUACUGGGGUGAGGAUGUGGAUCCUCUCACCUCUGAUGAUUUUAUAUGGAAUAAGGAAUUUAUGGGUCGCAUGAAGAAGUAUAUUCAGGAUCCUCAAGAAAAUGCCCCUGCUGCUGCUGUAAAGGAAGAGAUAUCAGGAUUUCUUAGCUUAAACAGAGUCAUGAAUCUUGACAGUUUGGAAGUUGACUUGACCAAGGAGCUAACUGCCCCUUCACAACCUGUUCUAGAACCAGAAGUCGAAAAUACUCAAGCUGGUUUUACUGCAUCUCAAAAAUGGCGGCCAGCACCAACACGACGCGAGCAGGAGAAAUGGGGCAAAGCUGCCAAGGCUGCAACUGGGGGCAGUGACGUGAUGUUGAGGGAAAUAAAACGUCCUCAAGGGGAUCCAAAGGUUAUGGCUGCUCAGUCAAGGGAACAGUAUCUUAAGUUAAAGAAUAAAUUGCAGCUCCUCACAGUUGGGAUUGGUGGUGUUGGUGUGAUUUCAGCUUAUAUCUCUUAUUCUCCUGAAAUAACAGUAAGUUACACUGCUGGGUUGAUUGGUUCUUUGAUGUACAUGCGUAUGCUUGGAAACAGUGUGGAUUCUAUGCAGUCAGAUGGACCCAGAGCACUUAUUAAGGGAGCUGUUGGGCAGCCAAGGCUAUUGGUUCCUGUUACUUUGGUCAUGAUUUUUAAUCGGUGGAAUGGGAUCCUAGUCCCAGAGUAUGGAUUCAUGCACCUCGAGUUGAUACCCAUGCUAGUCGGAUUUUUCACUUACAAGAUUGCAACUUUUGUCCAAGCAAUCGAGGAAGGUGUAUCGAUCAUUGGAAAUAAGUCACAAGCUUAGCUCUAGUUUUUAUGAUUUUCCAUCAACCUCUAAUGAAAAUAAGGAGAAAAAAGUUCAGGAAGACGUUGGAUUCGAAAAAUGAGCUACAACAUCUAUACUCAAUUUAUCACUGGAUGGAUUGAACAAAUCGAUGAUUUCCUCAUGUAAAUUCUUAUAUAUACUAGAUCGUGCUCUCAGUUUCGUUGAUAAUCUCAAGUUUCUUAUCCCGUUGAAGGUUUAUGAAUCGUUUUCCAUAAAAAAAAAAAAGAGUGUAAAUUCUUCUAGUUAAUUACGAUUAUCAGGAGUUUCCAUUUUGUGCCACUUUCUAUUAUACAAGAGCAAGUUCGAUUAAUUAUAUAUGUACAUCGAUACAUAAUUAAA